UUGCAGCACGUGCAAAAAUCUCUGAUAGAACCUCGACCUUUCUUUGAUAGAAUCACUGAGAAAUUCCCGUUCUCCGAUUGCCGCCUCUCCGACAUCCAUCGCCGGCGGCAAGUUUCCCGGUUCGCCACCUUCAUCAUCACCUAGGUAUUCACCUUCACGCUCUCAAAAAUCUAACUGGAAUGACGUAAAUAUCAUUCUUUAUUGACCUUACUCACCAUCCCUACACAAGCAUAUAAUAUAUUAAUAUUUAGUUUAUAAAAUGAUGAUUAGAAAGCAAUCAUCUAACAUCUGUGUUUGUUUUCAAGCACCCUUUAACCCCCAGAAAGCAAUUUUUUUGGAAUAUUUGUGUACAACAAUACAAGCUAGAGGUACAACUACUAGUACAGGUUGUUCAAAAAAUGUUCAAGAGUUGAAUGAGAAGUGUUGGCUUUAUAAAAAUGUUAACUUUCAUUGUUUUGGAAUACCAUUUAACCCCCCAAAAGCAAUAUUUGUGAAAAACGUGUAUACAACAGUACCAGCUGGAGGUACAGCUGCUACUGCAGGUUGUUCACAUGUUCAAGAAUUGGAUGAAAAGUUAAAGUGGCUUUGCGAAAAGCUUAAUUCGCAUUGUUUCCGAGUAGCUCUUAACCCACCAAAAGCGAGUUUUGUGAAAUAUUAUUGUGCAAAAGCAGUUACAGAACAUACUACAAUGGAUGUACACGCAUUGGAUGCAGAGUUGAAGGGUCUUUGUGAAAAGCCAAAUCCUCAGUAUGUUAAUGCUUAUAAACUUUUUAACGACGCGGUUAAUUCGGGUCGAAUACCUUCUGAGUUUACUUGCAAUUUUCUUGUUGCAACAAUGGCAAAGAAUAAGGAGUACAGCUUGGCUUUUAAGGUGUAUGGUAGGAUGAGAGAGGUGGGGAUAUCCCCGUGGUUUUUGUCGUUGGCUGCUUUGACUGAAUGUUUAGUGCAUGUUCAAAGACCAAAAUUGGCGAUUUCUGUGUUGGGGUUGAUUUUGAAGUAUGGUUUCAGGGUUAAUGAUUACCUUGUUAAUAUUGUAUUGAAAGGAUUGUGUGAAAAUGGUAUGGCUAUUAAGGCUGUAGAAGUUUUUCAGUGUUUAUAUAUGAAAGAAGUGACUCCUAAUGUCGUUAGCUUAAACACCCUUAUGAAAGGACUUUGCAGAGAGAGGAAAUUGGAGGCGGCUUUAGAUUUGAGGAGUAGAAUGGAAAAGGUGAAUGUAGCUCCCAAUAUGAUUACUUAUUCCAUUUUGAUAGAUGGUCUUUGCUCAGAGAGAAGGUUGGAUGAAGCUAUGGGAUUGCUGGAGGAGAUGACAACUAAGGGUUUGAAAGCUGAUGUUGUAGUGUAUAGUUCACUCAUAAAUGGACUUUGCAACAAAGGAUGUGUUGAUAGAGGGAAAGAGCUCUUGAAUGAGAUGUUGAAGGAAGGAAUUUCGCCAAAUGUGGUUACUUACUCUUGUUUAUUACAUGGCUAUUGUAAGCAGGGCCAAUUAAAAGAAGCAACUAUGUUAUAUGAUGAUAUGCUGAAGCGCAAAAUCCAGCCGGACGUCAUUACAUUUAUCAGUAUGAUUAGCGGGCUUUGCAAAGGUGGGAGGGCUGUGAAAGCAGUGGAAUUGUUUAAAUUGACGGUGGAGAAGGGUGAAGAGCCUGGAAACAUAGCUUACAAUAUUCUUCUGCGUGGACUUUGCAAGGAAGGGUUACUUUCUGAUGCUUUUAACAUUCUGCAGCAGAUGAUAGAAAAGGGCAAGAAGCCUGACUUGAUUACUUACAAUACACUGGUGAGAGGACUUUGUGAAAAUGGGAAGGUGGACGAUGCCUUGACACUUUUUAAUUCAAUGUUAGCUGAUGAGACAUAUGUUCAGCCAGACAUUACGACAAUGAAUGUACUGAUUCAAGUGCUUUGUGAAGGAGGACAUCUAAGUAAUGCUGCCAAAAUUCAUGAGAAGAUGGUUGCUAACAAGACACUGGUUGACAUGAGAACUUUUACUGUGCUUAUUGGAGCUUACAUAAAAGCAGACAAUGUUGUUAAAGCUAUGGAACUCUUGAAGCAGGCAAAUGAAUUGGGUUUUAUUCCAGACUCAUUGACCUAUGGCACUAUGGUUGAUGGUUUUUGUGAGUUGAAUGUACUAAAUAUCGCGAAAGGUUUGUUUCUUCGGAUGAGAAACAAUGGAUAUUGCCCAACCGUGAUUGAUUACAAUAUCUUGAUGGAAAGCUUAUGCAAUGAGGGUAGCUUGGAACAAGCUAGGAGGUUGUUUCAAGAGAUGUUAGAUGGCAAUUGUGAGCCAGAUCUUGCGUCAUACAAUAUUAUCAUUGAUGGAACGCUCAAAGCAAAAAGCUUAAAAUCUGCUAAAGAGUUACUUGUUCAUAUGCUUCAUAUGGGUUUGAAUCCAAAUGCUUUCACAUAUUCCAUAUUAAUAAAUAGGUUAUCAAAACUAGGGCUGUUGGAUGAGGCAAAGAAUUUAUAUGAGAGGAUGAAUGCAUCUGGCUUGACACCGGAUAACUCUGUGUAUAAUUGUUUACUGAAAGGCUUUAGCUUGAAUGGUCAAACUAGAGAAAUUAUUGAUUUGCUUAACCAAAUGGCUGUUAAGGGCAUUGAUCUGGACUCAAAACUCACUUCAACAAUCUUGACGUGUCUUUGCAAUAUAUCUGAAGAUGUCAAUGUGGCAGAGCUGUUGCCAAACUUCUCCAGAGAAAAAUCAGAAGUAUUUAGCAUUCCAUGCAGUGAAUUGUUGAACAAGCUUCACAAUAGUUUAUCCAAGCUUCAGUUGGAUUCUGCUCAGCAGUGCCAAUGAUAAGCUUCAGGGAUUGGGGUUCCUCCACAAGCAAAAUUCUUAUGCCUGCAAAGGUGUGUGAGCGAGAGGCUUCAUGAUAACAUCUUACAUACGUUUUGGAUGUGAAUCACAUCUGCAAUCAACAGCAACGGGAAUGAUGGUUCCCCGCUUGAUUUGCAUUCAUACCUCAAACUUGCUUCGGUUGUUAACUAUCUGGAGUAGGAGAGCUGCUUAUUUAGCAAAAGUAGCUCAAUCAAAAGUUCUGAAUAAACAUCUGUAUUCUCUUACCAGCUGGGGAGCGGACCUCCCCUGGACCCUGCGUGAAGGUGGGAUACUUCGUGCAUCGGGCUGCCUUUUUUUAUUCUCUUUUCAGCUGCCUGACCUAGUCACUUGCCAGUGUAGAUGAUAAGCCACGUAUCUUCCAGAAGAAGCAAAGAAAUUUAGGAGAAGAUAAUUCCUGGAGCUUUCAGUUAUUAGAAGUUUAUUAGAAGGUAUCUGUUUAGCAGUUUUAUUAUGGUUAUUAGAAGUUAUCUAUCUUUAUCCUAAUAGGUUAUGCAGUAGUUAUGGUCAGCCUAUUAUAUAAGUAAUAGAUCCGGUAAUGUGUAGGUAUCAUUAUCAGAAUUAAACUACUUUAUUCUGGAGCAUUGUCCUCUCCAUACGGACAACUUUAUUGGUGUAGUUGUGUUUAAGAUUCUUGCACAAACUAUUGCCAAUAAUAUUAACUUCUUUGUUCUAUUUCUUCAAUUAUCUACUUCUGGUCACUAUCAGUAGAUCGUUUUUUACAUGUGAGGUCAUAUCAUGUCAGUCAAGAAGCUGCAAAUAAGUUAUCAGGUGAUAAUUGUAUCUGAUUAGAUCAACUUCAAGAGAUGAAUUUAGCAGCUGGCAAGUCCAAUAUUGGAAGCUACCUCUGUAUUGUGUCAAACUAAGUUGUGUUGACAAUCAACUUCAAGGAGAUGAAUUUUACAGGUAAACAUCUUCAGCUUAUUGAUCCAAGUUGAAGUUAUUUAUCAACUUCCUUGAAUAAUAUAUCUGCAUUAGGUGAACUUUGGGUGUAUCGACCUAAGUUCACAUGGUUCAUCACCUUCCUAGAGCUUUGCAUCUGCGACGAGGAAGGAAGUGCUUUACUUUUGAGCGUUCAUCUGGCUGCUGUGGACAUCUCUGGCAACAAGGAAGCUGCUUCUAACGGGAACAUUGAAACUUUGAUGGACUGAUAUCCACAAAUGCCCCGAACCAUGAUAAUAUGCGCAGAAUGCUUGAUAACAGUGUUCAGCUUAGUUCUUGAUACUUGGUGUUUGGUGGUAAACAAGAGAAGAAAUUUUAUCAUGAGAGAUUUUAUUAAUGGACAGAGAGAUUCACUUUAGAUGUCGGAAAAUUCUUGGUGGCUGGAUGCUGCAAAUCAAAUGGCUGAUGGCAUAGACAAAUCCAGGAUUUAGAAUCCAUGAUUUAAAGUCAAUGAGUUAAUAAUGAGUGUGAUCUUAUUAUGUGUAUAAAUUUUACAUUUUCUUUUUGCUUAUGUAUACGUUGUUUGAAUCGAAAAUAAUGAAUUCAGUUGAACCCA